UCUCAUCAAAAUGAAGCAUUUUUCUCUCGUUUCACUUGUAUUUUGGUCUAUAUAUGUUCACCUGUUUUCUCUAUUAACAUUGAACUUACUAUGGUUCAACCCAAACAUGAUUGCCUUUGCAUCAGGAAAUGAUACUGAUUAUUUGGCACUGCUUAAAUUCCGGGAAUCCAUAUCCAGUGACCCACUUGGAAUCUUGCUUUCUUGGAAUAGUUCUUCUCACUUUUGUAAUUGGCAUGGAAUCACAUGCAAUCCCAUGCAUCAAAGAGUUACAAAGUUAGACUUGGGAGGAUACAAGUUGAAGGGUUCCAUAUCUCCCCACAUAGGCAAUCUCUCCUACAUGAGAAUCUUCAACCUCAACAAAAACUACUUGUAUGGGAACAUCCCACAAGAAUUGGGACGGUUGUCACAAUUGCAGAACUUCUCUGUGGGAAAUAACUCAUUGGAAGGGAAAAUUCCUACAAACUUGACAGGUUGCACUCAUCUCAAACUCCUAAACUUAUAUGGGAACAAUCUGAUUGGCAAAAUACCGAUUACAAUUGCCUCACUACCGAAGCUUCAACUUCUGAAUGUCGGGAACAAUAAGUUAACUGGAGGAAUCCCACCAUUCAUAGGGAAUCUUUCUGCUCUACUUUAUCUCUCAGUGGAGAGUAAUAACAUAGAGGGAGAUGUUCCACAUGAAAUGUGCCAGCUAAACAACUUGAUAAGGAUACGGAUGCCUGCCAACAAACUAACUGGAACAUUUCCUUCAUGUCUUUGUAAUGUCUCAUCUCUCAUCGAAAUCUCAGCUACAGAUAAUCAAUUUCAUGGCUCUCUUCCACCUAACAUGUUCCACACCCUCCCAAAUCUCCAACGAUUUUAUGUUGCGCUCAACCAAAUCUCAGGUUCAAUCCCACCUUCCAUCAUAAAUGUGUCUAAGCUUUCAGUACUUGAGAUUAGUGGAAACCAAUUCACAGGACAAGUUCCACCUCUAGGGAAGCUACGAGAUCUUUUUCACCUAAGGUUGUCUUGGAACAAACUAGGUGACAAUUCAGCUAAUAAUUUGGAGUUUUUAAAAUCAUUGACAAACUGUAGUAGGUUGGAAAUGUUAUCCAUAGCUGACAAUAAUUUUGGAGGUCAUUUGCCAAAUUCUUUGGGCAAUUUAUCCACCCAACUCAAUCAACUGAAUCUUGGAGGUAAUCAGAUAUCAGGAGAAAUUCCAGAAACUAUAGGAAAUUUAAUUGGCCUAUCUUUCUUAACCAUGCAAGAUAACCGCAUUGAUGGGAUUAUCCCAACCACUUUUGGGAAGUUUCAAAAAAUGCAAGUGUUAGAUGUAAGUAUAAACAAGUUGUUAGGAGAGAUAGGAGCCUUCAUAGGCAAUCUCAGUCAAUUGUUUCAUUUGGAAAUGGGUGAAAAUAUGUUAGAAGGAAAUAUUCCUCCAAGCAUAGGAAACUGCCAAAAGUUACAAUACUUAAACCUUUCACAAAACAACCUUACAGGAACCAUACCACUAGAGGUUUUUAAUCUUUCCUCUUUGACAAACUUGUUGGAUUUGUCAUACAACUCAUUGAGCAGUAGUAUACCAGAAGAAGUGGGAAACUUAAAGCAUAUCAAUUUGAUAGAUGUGUCCGAGAAUCAUCUGUCUGGUUACAUUCCUGGAACCCUCGGAGAAUGCACAAUGUUGGAGUCCCUUUAUUUGAAAGGAAAUACUUUACAAGGAAUCAUACCAUCCUCUUUGGCAUCACUUAAAGGUCUUCAACGUUUAGACCUGUCACGAAAUCACUUGUCUGGAUCAAUUCCUGAUGUUCUGCAAAACAUUUCUUUCUUAGAAUAUUUCAAUGUAUCUUUUAACAUGUUGGAAGGUGAGGUGCCAACUGAAGGUGUCUUUCGAAAUGCAAGUGGAUUUGUGAUGACUGGAAAUAGUAAUCUUUGUGGAGGUAUUUUCGAACUGCAUCUGCCACCAUGCCCUAUCAAAGGUAAGAAACUUGCCCAACACCACAAGUUUUGGUUGAUAGCAGUGAUAGUUAGUGUGGCUGCUUUUCUUCUCAUACUUUCGAUUAUUCUAACUAUCUACUGGAUGAGAAAAAGAAGUAACAAACUAUCUUUGGAUUCACAAACAAUUGACCAGCUGGCUAAAGUUUCAUACCAAAGCUUGCACAAUGGAACUGAUGGUUUCUCAACAACAAACUUGAUAGGCUCUGGAAAUUUUAGCUCUGUCUACAAAGGAACUCUUGAGUUAGAAGACAAAGUUGUUGCAAUAAAGGUCCUAAACCUUCAAAAAAAAGGAGCACGCAAGAGUUUCAUUGCUGAAUGCAAUGCCCUUAAAAGUAUUAAACAUCGAAAUCUGGUUCAGAUUUUAACGUGUUGCUCCAGCACAGAUUACAAAGGCCAAGAAUUUAAAGCUUUGAUAUUUGAGUACCUGAAAAAUGGGAGCCUAGAACAGUGGCUGCAUCCAAGGACAUUAACUCCUGAAAAGCCAGGAACAUUGAACCUUGACCAAAGAUUAAAUAUCAUGAUUGAUGUUGCUUCUGCAAUACAUUAUCUUCAUCAUGAAUGUAAGGAGUCGAUUAUUCAUUGUGAUUUAAAGCCGGGCAAUGUACUUCUUGAUGAUGAUAUGACUGCUCACGUGAGUGAUUUUGGCUUAACAAGACUUCUUUCAACUAUUAAUGGUGCCACUUCUAAGCAAACAAGUACAAUUGGAAUAAAGGGGACUGUUGGCUACAUUCCUCCAGAGUAUGGAGUGGGUUGUGAGGUAUCUACGAAUGGCGACAUGUAUAGCUUUGGGAUUCUUAUCUUGGAAAUGCUUACGGGAAGAAGACCCACAAAUGAAAUCUUUGAAGAUGGUCAAAAUUUGCACAACUUUGUGGAAAAUUCAUUUCCUGAUAAUCUUUUACAGAUUUUGGAUCCAUCACUUGCACUGAAACAUGAAGAAGCAACAAUAAACGAAGACCAUAAUCAGAAACUUACUCCAAGUGUUGAAAAAUGCUUAGUUUCGCUCUUUAAGAUUGGACUUGCUUGUUCAGUGAAAUCACCAAAAGAAAGAAUGAAUAUGAUGGAUGUCACUAGAGAGCUAAGCAAAAUUAGAACCACCUUUCUUUCGGGUUAAGAUAAAUGGAAAAUGACCUAAUUCUCCGCAUACAGUGCUUGUGCCAAAUUUUAAUUGCAGUUCCUUUUAUUUAUAAUAAUACUCUUUUGUUUUUUUUUUGUAUUUAUUUCAAAAUUAUUAAUUUUCC